AAAUUGUCCUUCGAUCGUGUUUACGACUAUAUCUGAUUAGUUUGACCACAGAAAUGGAGAGCUUAAGAAGAAAUUUUAAACCACCAAAGAUGCUACUAAGACUAUAUUCUCUUUUUAUUCUAAUAUUAGAUCUUGUGACACUUUUAAUUGGGAUAUUUUUUGCUAUUGUAAUUGCAUUAUACAGAAUAUUUAGACCUCCUCCUUUGAAAUACCUUCGUGGAGAAGUUGCAAUGGUUGUUGGUGCUGGACGUGGAAUAGGUAGAGAAUUAGCAAUUCAUUUGUGUCAAUUAGGUGUUAAUGUUGCUUGUGUAGAUAUUAAUGUUCAAAAUUGUAAUGCUACUGUUCAGCUGGCACCUAAAUCGAAGGGAGUAGCUAAAAUGUAUAUUUGCAAUAUAACAGAUAAAGAUAAAGUAGCUCAUACAGUGAAUAGUAUUAAGCUCGAAUUAGGUGAAGUUACAAUGCUCUUCCACUGCUGCAGUAUACCUAGCCCUAGAGCAUUACUUCAAAACCCACCAGAAAUAAGACAUACAAUUGAUUUGACAGUUAUUAGUCACUUCUGGUUGUUGGAUACUGUUUUGCCAUGCAUGGAACGUGCUGGCAAAGGACACAUAGUAGUUUUAUCAUCUGUGGCUGGCCUUUCAGGUACAGCCACAGGAGGAAGCAGAGUUCCUUUAUCCACUGCACAAUUUGCAGUUCAAGGAUUAGCUGAAUCAUUACAUACUGAAUUAAGACACACUAACAGUAAUAUUAUAAUUACUUUAGUUCACGUUUAUCCGUUUAUUGUAGGCGCUGAAGUAGCGAGAGACAUUCGUUUUAGAAUACCGAGUUACUUUGGCACAAUGCCUGCUGCAGAAGCAGCUAAACAAAUCUUAGAUGGUGUCCGUCGAAAUUAUGCGGAAUUCAGUGUACCUGGAUAUUUACUCUACCUAGGACAUGUUCUUAGAAUACUUCCGAAAAAAGCGUCGUUUAUGUUGCGUGAUUUACUAGACACUGGAGUUGAUUUUGGAUGAUAUCUAGCUUUUUUAAUCAAAUACAAGAAUUUAUC